AUGGGCGCACACGGCGAGCCUGGCCUACGACAACUCAACCCUGUUCCUUCACCAGAGUCUCUCACAACUCAGAUGCUCGACCUACUCCUCGACAUCUCCGACUCAGAUCGAGCAUUCAUCCCCUUUUCCUCAGCCUCAUUUUCCGAAGCCUCAUCCACAUCUUCCAAGAAAGACAACGAAGUGGUGAUCCUACUCAACUCUCUAGGCAGCACGAGUGAUGAAGUUCUUGCUCGAUUUGCCGAGAUAGCAAUUGCAGACUUGACGAACCGGGGAUUUGUGGUUAGAAGGAUUACGCUGGGUCCUUUGGUAACAAGUCUGAAGAUGAGUGGGUUUGGUAUCACGGUUUGGCGAUUGCCACCUGUCAGUGGGGAAACGAUGACUAGGGAUGAAGCGCUGGAGCUAUGGGAUACGAAGGUUGAUGUUGCUGCUUGGAGGCAGUAG